GUAAAAAUUUAUAACCAUCGAGAAACAUGCAUUCCGAAGUAUUUGGCAUCCCCAUUACCAACAAAACUUUGGAACAAAUGCCCGAGUAUUCUAAAAAGAAAAACAUAACACGUACAGAUAGAGCACAUGUAGCCCUCAAAAUGAAGAACGCUCAAGAGAAGGAUUUCAACGCCCGUCAACACGUCGAGCUCUUAAAAAAGGAAUGGGGCAUUGGAGUGUCUACUCUUUGCCUGAUUUACAAUGCAACUGGCGACACUAUUACAUAUAUUACCAGCCAUAACUAUUAUGGGCAUCUCUAUGGCCCCGAAUACACUAAAGAGAUUGCGAAUGGCCAGUGGGGUGCAUUUUUACAUGUCAAGAGUAUUGGGGAGGCCGUUGGAUCCACCGCUGUCGUCGUUUAUCGCGGCAAAAACGAAGCUGAACAAGAAUGUGAUUGGUUGUUGGGUUGGUCCAACCCUUGGAACAGAUCGAGUUGGGAUAACAUGGUUUAUACCGAGAUCAAGGAAGCUAAGCACUAUGACAAUGGUGAUCUUUGGGGUGGGAUUGCUACUGAGAUGUACAAGUGUGGUCAGUCCAAAAGUGUCAAGUGGAAUGGAUGUUUAUCCUAUGUGUCAACUGGCAGCUACACAUCUCCCAUAUUUGAGGCCAUAAUGACACUAAAAGAUGCAGACGAAGACCCUAUUCUCUAGUCUUUUGUGGUCUAAUAAGCGUGACAUUGAUGGUUGGUGUGAGAUUACGAGUUUGAAUUUUUUUUAUCGUUUUUAUUUAAUUAAUCGAGCAACUCAACUCAAUUCAGGAUAAGAAUGUGGGACAUGGAGGCCUCUUUCUAUUAAUUUAUUUGGAAGUCUUUUUAAAGUUUGUAUUGAAUUAUUAAUAAAAGUGAUGUCAUUGUGUCGAUGUUAUUAAUUAAUUAAUGUCAUGUGCUAUUGUG